ACUCUGCAGAACUUCCAGAAACCACCAUCAAGAACAAUCCCGAUUCCCGAGACCCAACUCUCACUAUUAAAUAAGAACCCCACCCUUUCUUUUUCGAUUUAUUCGCGUCAUCACAGCAAAGAUAGCAAUCGCAAACCAAAGACCUCUCUGUUCAAUCUUGAUUGGGGAAACUUUUUGGUGUGAUGGCAGUAGUGGAGAUGGGAGGAGAAAUUGAAACGUUUGCGCUUGAAGCUGAGAUUAAUCAAUUGGUGAGCCUAAGUAUUGUUACUUUUUUAAGUACCAAAAAUAUUUUCUUACUUAAGGGAGUUAAUUAGUAAUUCAUCUGAUGCUUUGGAUAAAACUGGAUUCGAAGAGUUAAAUUAAUUGAUCAUAUGCGUAGCCAGAGUUGAGAUGACUAAGCAGGUACAGAAUAAUUAAUCCCUAAUCAUGAUUUAGAAUUUUCGUUUAGAAAUUUGUUGAUUUGAACUGAAACAAUACGGUAUUCCAAGAAAUUUCAAUACUGAUUCAACCGAUAUGGACAUGUAGGCUGGGUUUAAUUGUGUUUUCCGUUACGGGGAUGUUGCACAUUUUUUUUUAACAAUUUGGGAACAUUACCAAGAACCGGGACGGAACAAACGGUCAGUGGUUACCCAAAAGCACUGUUUUAUGAAGAUGUAGAAAUGAACGAACAUUAGAAACCAAUGAAUCUAGCAGGAGCAUGGGCGCGUGCCCAGCACUCUUGUAAGGAGAAAACGGUAAAACAGCACGCUGAAUCGCUGAUCGAUCGAUGGAUCGAUUACACAAAAACGAAACAUUAUUAUUCGCAGCAGCAUCGCCUCUUUACCCAAAUUUUAUAACUUAUUGCUUAUUGGUGUGUCGAACUUGAUAUUUGCACCCACCUUAUCUUUUUCCAAGUAAUUGAAAUGUGAAUUUACUCGUGGUGUGGACCCCCGUUAUCUCUCUCCUCGAUCACCGCCUACGUCAGGUCACUAUUCAAAUACUUACCUACAGUCACCCACUCUUUGUAAUACUACUAAUAUUCUCAAUACAAAAUUCUUUUUUCCUUUAAUAAAAACGAAAAAUUCAAAAACUUAUUUAUAGGAUGAGCAGUAGAGUAGUAGUAGGCUGCUAGAUGAGAGAGACGGAGAGAGGGGUAGCGUGUGAGUUGGUGUUUUAGAAAGAGAGAAUUGCCAGCAAAGAAUUUCAAGGAUUUUCAGAGUCAAAGCUGGCAUUUUUUUUAUUUUAGAAAAUUCAAAGAAAAUUUGAGUUCAGUUUUUUACUCUUUCAUAUUUCAAAGCAUAUGGGUUUAUAAGCUUCAGUUUUUCUUUGCUUCUUCCUCCUCCUCCUCCCUCUGUUCUAUCUCUCCCUUUCUCUCUGUAUCUCUCCCUCUCUCUUCUUUCAUGGUUAUUUGAGUGAAAAAUCAAGGGUUUAAACAAGAACAGGAAGAAGGUUCUGUUUAAUGAUUUAUAUUGAAGUUAUGUCUACUUCUCCUACUUUAGUUUGUGGUGAGAAGAAACAUUGGUGGCUCACCAACAGAAAGAUUGUUGAUAAAUAUGUAAAAGAUGCUAGAGUACUGAUAGCAACACAAGAAUACUCAGAGAUUUCAUCAGCACUAAAUCUACUCGAUGCAGCAUUAGCAUUAUCACCACGAUUUGAAACAGCUCUCGAAUUAAAAGCACGAUCUCUACUUUAUCUUCGUAGAUUUAGAGAAGUUGCAGACAUGCUUCAAGAAUAUAUUCCAAGUUAUAAAAUGGUUUCAGAAGAAUCUUCUCAUUCAUCUGAUUUGAACUCUUCUUCACAGCAAUUGUCUAGAGAGAGAGUUAAGUUAUUGUCUGGUGAUAAUUCUUCAUCAUCAGAUUCCUAUGAGAAAGAGUACCCUUCUUUCAAAUGCUUCUCUGUAUCAGAUCUUAAGAACAAAGUCAUGGCUGGCUUGUACAAAAACUGUGAAAAAGAAGGGCAAUGGAGAUACUUGGUGUUAGGGCAAGCUUGUUGCCAUCUUGGACUAAUGGAAGAUGCAAUGGUGCUUCUUCAAACCGGUAAACGUCUUGCUUCGGCAGCGUUCCGUAAAGAGAGUGUUUGUUGGUCUGAAGAUAGUUUUGCCUUUACAAAUAUUCCUCUUUGCAGUGAUAUGAACAACAACAAUCAUCUUGCAAAUCCGCUGCCAUCAGAAUCAGAAAGUAUUACUCAGAUUCUAGCUCAUAUUAAACUUCUUCUCCGGCGAAAAACUGCUGCCCACGCAGCACUUGAUGCAGGUAUAUACUCUGAAGCUAUUCGUCAUUUCUCUAAAAUCCUUGAUGGUCGUCGAGGAACACCGCAAGGGUUUCUUUCGGAUUGUUAUGUACAUAGAGCUCAAGCAUAUAAGUUUGCUGGUCGGUUCGCUGAGGCAAUUGCUGAUUGCAAUAGAACUUUGGCACUUGAUCCAACCAAUAUUCAAGCUUUAACCAUAAGAGCUAGUAUUCUUGAGACAACUCGAUGUUUACCGGAUUGUCUUCGUGAUCUUGAACACAUGAAGCUUCUUUAUGAUUCAAUUUUACGGGAUAGAAAACUACCUGGGCCUAACUGGAAGCGACACAAUGUUAGGUACCGAGAUGUACCUAGUAAUCUUCGAGCAUUAACAACUAAGAUCCAAGAACUCAGACAAAGAGUUGGAUCAGGCGAAACAAGUAAUAUAGAUUAUUAUUCAUUGAUUGGAUUGAGAAGAGGUUGUUCAAGAUCAGAACUAGAACGAGCACAUUUACUUCUUUGUUUGAAGCAUAGACCAGAUAAAUCUACAAAUUUUGUUGAUCGAUGUGAAUUCGUCGAUGAGCGUGACCUUGAUACCGUUAGGGAUCAAGCGAGAAUGUCAGCAUUAUUACUCUACAGAUUACUGCAAAAGGGAUAUUCAAGUGUAAUGGCUACAAUUAUGGAUGAAGCAGCAGUUGAGAAACAGCGUCAAAAGACUCAAGCAGCAUCACAAGCUGCGGCAUUACAAGCACAAGCUCAAGUUCAACAAACACCACAACAAAUUCACCAAGUUACAAUGUCUGAAUCUAAACUAGACGGGGAAUUGCAAAAACAAGUUCUAUCAUCGUCAGCAUCUAAAAACAGUUGUUCUUCACCAGAUUACAACUUAAAUUUACAAGAGAAGAAAUCAGCAGCAGCUGCAGCAGCAGUUUUCCAAGGAGUCUUUUGCAGAGAUAUUGCAGUUGUUGGAAACCUAUUAUCUCAAGCCAAUUUUAGUCGUCCAAUCCCCGUCAAAUAUGAAGCAUUGAGUUGCUGAUUAAUAAUCAAGUCCUCUCAGAUUUCAAUACCCGAAAGAAAUCUGAUUUCGUCACACAUUGUACAAAUUUUUUCAAACCAAAAAAAAAAAACCGGGAAAUUUUGUUGCGCCUUCGCAUUCCUACCACCACCAAUCACUAAAACCUCCGGUACCAGACCUAUGUAGUUAAGAACCCUUUGUUAGUCACUAUUACUGUUGUUAUUUUUUCACUCUAUGUAGAUGCCACAAACCCUUGUACUCCUUUUCUACUACUACUGCAAUGUUUGAUUGUAGCUUCUUCUUUUUUGAAUGAGAAAAAAGUUUCUUUCUUGGUCGCCCA